GCCGCCGCCGCCGCCGCCGCGAGCUCGAUGCGGACGGAGCCCGGGCCGGGCCAUGGGGAUCCUCAGCAUCACGGACCAGCCGCCCCUGGUCCAGGCCAUCUUUAGCCGAGAUGUGGAGGAAGUGCGUUCCCUCCUCUCGCAGAAGGAGAACAUCAAUGUGCUGGACCAAGAGAGACGAACCCCAUUGCAUGCUGCUGCCUACGUAGGCGAUGUCCCCAUCCUCCAGUUGCUACUGAUGUCAGGUGCUAAUGUAAAUGCUAAGGACACACUGUGGCUGACCCCUCUUCAUCGUGCUGCUGCCUCUCGAAAUGAGAAGGUGCUGGGGCUGCUGCUGGCUCAUUCAGCUGAUGUGAAUGCCCGGGACAAGCUGUGGCAGACACCACUGCAUGUGGCUGCUGCCAACCGGGCUACCAAGUGUGCUGAGGCUCUGGCACCCUUGUUGAGCAGCCUCAAUGUGGCCGACAGGAGUGGGCGCAGUGCGCUGCACCAUGCAGUGCACAGUGGACAUCUUGAGACAGUGAACCUACUUCUCAACAAGGGAGCCAGCCUCAAUGUCUGUGACAAAAAGGAACGGCAGCCUCUGCACUGGGCCGCUUUUCUGGGACAUUUGGAAGUCCUGAAAUUGCUGGUGGCACGUGGAGCAGACCUCGGCUGUAAGGACCGAAAGGGCUAUGGGCUGCUCCACACAGCUGCAGCCAGUGGCCAGAUUGAAGUGGUGAAGUACCUGCUCCGGAUGGGGGCUGAGAUCGAUGAGCCCAAUGCUUUUGGAAACACAGCUUUGCACAUCGCCUGCUACCUGGGCCAGGAUGCUGUGGCUAUUGAGCUGGUGAAUGCCGGAGCCAAUGUCAAUCAGCCAAAUGACAAGGGCUUUACGCCAUUACAUGUGGCUGCAGUUUCCACCAAUGGCGCUCUCUGCUUAGAGUUAUUGGUCAACAAUGGGGCUGAUGUCAACUACCAGAGCAAAGAAGGGAAAAGCCCUCUGCAUAUGGCUGCCAUCCAUGGCCGUUUCACACGCUCCCAGAUCCUCAUCCAGAAUGGUAGCGAGAUUGACUGUGCUGACAAAUUUGGGAACACGCCCCUGCAUGUGGCUGCUCGCUAUGGGCACGAGCUGCUCAUCAGCACACUCAUGACCAAUGGCGCAGACACCGCCCGGCGCGGCAUCCAUGACAUGUUUCCCCUGCACUUAGCUGUUCUCUUUGGAUUCUCUGACUGUUGCCGGAAGCUUCUUUCCUCAGGUCAGUUGUACAGCAUCGUGUCUUCACUCAGCAAUGAGCACGUGCUUUCUGCUGGAUUUGACAUCAACACCCCUGACAACCUUGGCCGCACCUGUCUUCAUGCUGCUGCUUCUGGAGGAAAUGUUGAAUGUCUUAAUUUGCUGUUGAGCAGUGGAGCUGACCUGAGGAGGAGAGACAAAUUUGGAAGGACUCCACUGCACUAUGCAGCUGCCAACGGUAGCUACCAGUGUGCUGUGACACUGGUGACUGCUGGGGCAGGUGUCAAUGAGGCUGACUGUAAAGGCUGCUCUCCCCUCCACUAUGCUGCGGCCUCUGACACGUACCGGAGAGCGGAACCCCACACUGCUUCCAGCCAUGAUGCUGAAGAGGACGAGCCACUGAAGGAGUCCCGUAGGAAGGAGGCUUUCUUCUGUCUGGAGUUCUUACUGGAUAAUGGUGCAGAUCCCUCCCUGCGGGACAGGCAGGGCUACACAGCUGUGCACUAUGCAGCCGCCUAUGGCAACCGACAGAACCUUGAACUGCUCUUAGAAAUGUCCUUUAACUGCCUGGAGGAUGUGGAGAGCACCAUUCCAGUCAGCCCUUUGCACUUAGCUGCCUACAACGGUCACUGUGAAGCCCUGAAGACACUGGCUGAGACGCUGGUGAAUCUGGAUGUAAGGGACCACAAGGGCCGGACCGCGCUCUUCCUGGCCACUGAGCGAGGCUCUACUGAGUGUGUGGAGGUGCUUACGGCCCAUGGCGCCUCUGCCCUCAUCAAGGAGCGCAAGCGCAAGUGGACACCCCUACACGCUGCUGCUGCCUCUGGCCACACUGAUUCCCUGCAUUUGCUGAUCGAUAGUGGGGAACGAGCUGACAUCACAGAUGUCAUGGAUGCCUAUGGACAAACCCCACUGAUGCUGGCCAUCAUGAAUGGCCACGUGGACUGUGUACAUCUGCUGCUAGAGAAAGGAUCCACAGCUGAUGCUGCUGACCUUCGGGGCCGCACCGCCCUCCACCGUGGGGCAGUGACUGGCUGUGAGGACUGCCUGGCUGCCUUGCUGGACCAUGAUGCAUUUGUGUUGUGCCGAGACUUUAAGGGUCGCACGCCCAUUCACCUGGCCUCAGCUUGUGGCCACACUGCAGUCCUGCGGACCCUGCUGCAGGCUGCCCUUUCCACAGACCCCCUGGAUGCUGGGGUGGAUUACAGCGGAUAUUCACCCAUGCACUGGGCCUCCUACACUGGACAUGAAGAUUGUCUGGAGUUGUUACUUGAACACAGCCCAUUCUCAUACCUGGAGGGAAACCCCUUCACUCCUUUGCACUGUGCAGUAAUUAAUAACCAGGAUAGCACCACAGAGAUGUUGCUGGGAGCUCUGGGUGACAAGAUUGUGAACAGCCGAGACGCCAAAGGACGGACCCCCCUUCACGCCGCUGCCUUCGCGGAUAAUGUCUCUGGGCUCCGGAUGCUGCUGCAGCAUCAAGCUGAGGUGAACGCCACUGACCACACUGGCCGCACUGCACUCAUGACGGCGGCUGAGAACGGGCAGACCGCUGCUGUGGAAUUUCUGCUGUAUCGAGGGAAGGCAGACCUGACUGUGCUGGAUGAGAACAAGAACACUGCCCUCCAUUUGGCUUGUAGCAAGGGCCAUGAAAAAUGUGCCCUCAUGAUCCUGGCAGAAACCCAAGACCUUGGCCUUAUCAAUGCCACCAACAGUGCGCUGCAGAUGCCACUCCACAUUGCUGCCCGGAAUGGUCUAGCUUCUGUGGUGCAGGCCCUCCUGAGUCGUGGGGCCACAGUGCUGGCUGUGGAUGAAGAAGGUCACACCCCAGCAUUGGCCUGCGCUCCCAACAAAGAUGUGGCAGACUGCCUGGCCUUGAUCCUUUCCACCAUGAAGCCUUUCCCACCCAAGGACGCCGUCAGUCCUUUCAGCUUCAGCCUGCUCAAGAACUGCGGCAUCGCAGCCGCCAAGACGGUGGGUGGCUGUGGCGCCUUGCCCCACGGGGCCUCCUGCCCCUACAGCCAGGAGCGGCACGGUGCCAUUGGGUUAGAUGGCUGCUACUCUGAGUAGCCCCCUCCAGUGUCCCUCUCCCUGCCGGUGGCUUGAUAUUAUUCUAUUUAUUUAGAAAAAGUCUACACAUUUAGGGCACUUUAAAGGAGAACACGACUGGGUGGCGGGGCAGAGGGGGGAAGGAAGCACUGGGGAGCAGCUGCUCACCCCUUUGCCACACCAUCCUGGCCUGGCAGGGGUCUGGGACCGACUGGGAGCACCCCAGGCCCUUGGUACCCCAGGGCAACCCUUUCUGCCAAGUGUCCCAAAAUGAUUGCUAAAUGCCUGGCUCCCUCUCUCUUUGACUCCAUCUCUCAGUUCCCCUUUCUGCUACCAGCUCCCCCUCCUCCUUCCUUCUGACUCUCCUCUGUGUCCCCCCACCCCUUCUCCCUGCCCCUACUGCCAGGCAGACCCCUCCUCUUCUUCCAUACCCAUCACUGCCUCCCUGCUCGGCUGGCCCCUCCAUCCCCGCAGCAGUGAGAAGCCUUAAUUUCUGGUACUGUGUGAGCACUCUGGGGUGUCCCCCUCCCCCUUCAGGGGCAGCUAGAGGAUGAAGGGGGAGGGUAUUUAGCACUGGGGCCUGGAACUUUCCCCCUACUCUUUACCCUAUCACCCCUAAAGUUCAAAUGCAAAACACUUGAAGCAGCAACUACUGUACCUGGGCCCCAAUCCUGCACUCUCCCCUGGCUCCUCAUAUGCAAAUCAAGGGCUGGUUCUGCCCCCACAGCCUGCCCCACCUCCCACCUCCUGACCUGGCCCCUAACCACGCACUUUAACCUUGCUUCUUUCUUUUAAUUUCUUUUGGGAGAACAGAGCCUGUGGCCAUUCCCUCCCCGGCUCUCUUCUCCCUGAACUUUGAGGCUUGUCAUGAAUUUUUAAGUACGCAUUUUAUUCUUUAGGGGAAGAAACAAAUUAAUUUCCUGCCCAUUUCAAAACCACAGCCCUAGUAUGUCCUCUGUGUUUCAGGCAUGUGCUUGCAUGUGUGUGGAGGGAGGGACCGCGUUCUUCCUCUCGUGUCCCCAAGUCCCUGGGUUCCUCUAUGCCCUUUGUCUGCCUCUACCUUCCUUCAUGUUGGAGAGUACCCACUGCCCCAGUCACUCCUGAUCUGAAGCCAAAGACGGUGGGAGGGGCAGGGGCAGACUAGGGACCAAGGCUGCUCUUUAGGAAAGCAGGCCUUCCUCCAGUGUGAGGAGAAAGUUCUGGUCAAGGGAGCUACAGGCAGACACUGGAGCUCAGUCCCCUGCCUCCCAGCACAGGGGGAAAUGGGAUUGAGUAGGGGCUGCACUGAUAAGAUUCCUCGAACUUGUACCCCAAAAGCCAAACUGGGCUGGAGUGAGGAGGGGCAGUGUUUUCUCUAAAUGUAGCAUUGCAUCUGGCCCUGGUCCCUUCAGAUGCCCUGUCCAACCAUCUUGGUGAGCCUCUGCCCCAAUUGGACCUACUCGUGUAGCCCAGUGUCCCUUCCUCACACUCAAUACCUCAGCCAGGGGCCAAGACACAGAACUUGAAUAGAGGUCCUGCCCCUCCAUCCUGC